UUUCUAGUAAAAAGAUCGAACCGAACCGUCCGUUUGGCGUGGUACAAAGUUUUAGCACCACAAACGAAACCUUUGAAAGCUUGACAUGCUGAAAGCAACCAACCAAGCACCGAGCGAAACCAAGAACAGCAAGAGCACGCACCGCGAAGGUGGUAAUGCUGCCGUCGGUGAUUCACAUGCCCAACGUCACCGUCACCCCGAAGGUCAGCAGCCAACAGAUCGCGCUGGUGAAAUAUGUUACGAUCUAGCGCACUUUCGUACCGAGCGCGUGUUGAGCAAUAAUAGCACGCACAAGAGUGUCACUCUGCUGGGCCACUUUGCGAACCUUCCGUCACCGAAGCGGCACGCGAUCGUCGUGCUGGAGAAGCGAGCCUUUACAGAGGCCGAGGUAACGUCGUCGGGCGACGCGAGCGCUACGCCAACACAGCGUGAUAAGCCACCGCAACCUGACAGUGAAAGUGAAAACGGGAGUAAAGACGGCGAAAAGCCCGUCGAGAAGACAAAGGCCAACAGCGUCGAGAGCGAGCGGACGUUUUUCACGUCAGCAUCCCAGUUGGAAAAAGAGUUCGUGAACGACAUUUAUGGCAACUUUCUGUGCACCGUCAAUCCUGCCCUGAAUCGUUUAAAAGUGACCAUCAUCUGCCCAGCUGAGGAGAAGCACGUCGUCAAGUACACGGUACAGAAUCGGUUCCUGGUGGAAGAAACGCCCGACUUGUACAAGUCUGUUACCUUACCGCAUCUCGAGCAAGGGCAGCUUAGUUUGGAGUGGCUUUACAACGUGCUCGACCACCAUAAGGAGAAGGAAAGGAUCGUUUACGAGGAUCCUUGUAACGUGAACGGUUUCAUACUGCUUCCGGAUCUGAAAUGGGACGGUAAGACGGUCGAACAGCUGUAUCUUCUGGCGUUAGUCCGUCGCCGAGACAUUCGUUCGUUGCGGGAUCUUACCGCCGAACACUUACCGUUGCUCCGUAACGUCCGAUCGCGUGGUAUUUCCGCGAUCGAAGAGCGAUACGGUAUUGGGGCUGACCAGCUGCGAAUCUAUCUUCAUUACCAACCAACGUUCUACCAUUUGCACAUGCACUUUACUUACUUACGGCACGAUCCACCUGGAGUCGGUUGUGAAAAGGCACACUUGCUUUCGUCGGUUAUAAGUAACAUUGAAUUGCUACCCGAUUACUAUCAAAGAAGCACUCUUACGUACGCGCUGAAGGAAACGGAUAGACUGUACGAAAAACUUCGUGGCCAAACGUUGGAAGAACCGGUGGCAAAGCGCCCAAAAACGGAUCAUUCCAAGUCGGAGUAA